AUGAGAGGCCUCUGGCUGCUGCUGCUGGCGCUCGUGGCUGCGGCCGACGCCGAGAGGCUCUUUAAUGGAGAUCAGGUCAUCAGGGUCAAUGUGCAGUCUGAGGAGCAGCUGCAACUCCUGCAGGCUCUGGAGACUCAACAGGAGUGGGAGCUGGACUUCUGGCUCCGCCCGGUCUCCACCGACCUCCCCGUCGACAUCCGGCUCCCUCGCUCCGCCGUGAGCUCCGUGACGGAGCUCCUCGCCGCCCACGGCGUCCCGUUCUCCGUCAUCGUGGACGACCUGCAGGAGCUCCUCGACCAGGAGAAAGCCGAGAUGCUGAAGAACCAGAUGAAGGAGCGCAGUGGCAGGAGCUUCAACUUCGGAGCUUAUCAUCCCCUGGAGACGAUCUACAGCUGGAUGGACACUCUGGUGGCUCAGCACCCGAAACUCGUCACCAAGCAGGAAAUCGGGAGGUCGUACGAGAACAGGCCGAUGUACGUGCUCAAGUUCAGCACCGGAGGAAACAAUCGUCCUGCCAUCUGGAUGGACACGGGUAUCCACUCCAGAGAAUGGGUGUCUCAGGCCACCGGACUGUGGUGGGCCAACAAGAUGGCCGCUGACUACGGCACCGACGCCUCCCUGACGUCCCUCCUGGACACCAUGGACGUGUACAUGCUGCUCCUGGCCAACCCCGACGGCUACGCGUACACACACUCCAACGACCGGAUGUGGCGCAAGACCCGCUCCAGGAACUCGGGCUCCGUGUGCCGCGGAGUCGAUCCCAACAGGAACUGGGACGCAGGCUUUGGUGGCCCCGGGGCCAGCAGGAACCCCUGCUCCGACUCCUUCCACGGCCCCUCGGCUCACUCUGAGAUCGAGGUGAAGAACGUGGUGGACCUGAUCCAGAGCCACGGCAACUUCAAGUCCUUCAUCGCCGUCCACGCCUACUCCCAGCUGCUCAUGUACCCCCACGGGUACUCCUGCAAUGACGUGUUGCAUCAGCCUGAGCUGGACUCCGUCGGCAGAGCGGCCGUGGAGAAGCUCACGUCCCUCUACGGCACCAGAUACAAGGUCGGAAGCAUCUGCAACAUCAUCUAUCAAGCCAGCGGCGGCAGCAUCGACUGGACCUACGACAUCGGCAUCAAGUACUCCUUUGCCUUCGAGCUGAGGGACACCGGUCGCUAUGGUUUCAUCCUGCCGGCCAAUCAGAUCAUCCCCACCGCCUCCGAGACCUGGCUGGCUCUGAAACACAUCAUGGAGCAUGUGCGCGAUCAUCCUUAUUGA